AUGCCCUGCCCUUACCCGGCGAGGAGUGCACAGGCGGUGCCGCAGACCCGCGUGACGCCGGUCGGUGUCAUCAAGUCGCUGCACAUGAUGUCAGGAGUCCUGGGGCCGCCACCUCCAAAGUCCCCAACCCGCGGUGGUGGUGCGCCAUCUGCCAGUGGCCCGAGUUCUGGCACCCACAAGCUACAGUCCGCCGGCAUGGGGUGCAGAGAGAGGUAUGGCUAG